CUCGACCUUCCUGUUAGUUGUCAUGGAAUUGACUAACGGAGAGAAGACUAGUGACUUGAGGGAAUGCCAAGCACAAGUUCUUGUGUGGAACCAAAUACUCAGCUACAUAAACUCCAUGUCCCUAAAGUGUGCCGUCGAACUCGGCAUCCCGGAUGUCAUCCACAAUCACGGGCGUCCCAUGACUCUCCCCGACUUGGUCUCUGCCUUGGGUAUCCCCCAGGCUAGGGCUGGGUUCCUCCACCGCCUCAUGAGGAUGCUCUCUCAUUCCGGCUUCUUCGCUCUCCAGACUGAGCAACCAUGUGUCAACAGAGACAAGGGAGAGGAAAAACCGGAAGGUUACGUUCUCACCCCUCCAUCGCAGCUCCUCCUGAAGGGCGACCGCUCAAGCAAAAGCAUGCACCCUCUUGUGGCCUUCGUGGUGCACCCAAUUCUUAUACAACCAUUCAAUGGCCUGAGCAAGUGGUUCCACAGUGAUAGCUCCGGAACUCCCUUUGAGAUGCAACAUGGGAGGGCAUUUUGGGAAUACAUCGCUCGUGACCCCGACUUCAACCUUCUCACGAAUGAAGGCAUGGCGAGCGACUCUUCAGUAGUAGUGAGUGAGAUCAUGGACAAAUGCAGGAGAUCUUUCGAGCAGUCCACCUCUGUGGUGGAUGUCGGGGGAGGGACGGGUCUCCUAGCCAGGAAAAUUGCUGACACGUUCCCUCACUUGGAGGUCACCGUGCUCGACCUUCCUCAUGUGGUCUGUGGCCUGGAAGGCACCAAGACAUUAAAAUUUUUGGCUGGAGAUAUGUUCGACUCUAUUCCUCCUGCUGAUAUCAUCCUACUCAAGGGGAAGCUGAGUCCUCACUGAGUUUUGCAGCUGUGUGUUAAACUCAUUGAGGUUUAUAACUGCAGCAUUCACCAUUAGUGCAAAUAAAUUGAUGUGGUUUCUGCAGUGGAUACUGCACGACUGGAAUGACGAAGAGGGCGUGAAGAUAUUAAAGCGAUGCAAGAACGCAGUCACAAGCAAUGGCAAGGAUGGAGGAAAGGUGAUUGUAAUCGAUGUAGUGUUGGAUGACCAAGAGGACGAGGCGUGUAGUGAAAUGGGCCUCUUAUUUGACAUGAUGAUGAUGGCGACUUUAACUGGGAGAGAGAGGUGCAAAAAGGAAUGGGCUAAGCUCUUUCUCGAUGCCGGGUUCCGCAAGUAUGGAAUCACACCUCUGGUUGGUCCAAGAUGUCUCAUUGAGGUUUAUCCAUAAACAUGUCUAGCUAUGACAUCUAGGCAUAUGUACCUAUCUCAUAUGUCUGUUUUAAGCUUGUGCUGUGUUUGUUGCUAUGUUUGUGGCAUUUCUAUUGUGUAUUGAAAUGAAUGGGGCAAUUGAUUCCAAAUA